AUGGGAGAGGCCACAGAACGGGUACACAUAAAGAACUGCUAUGCCGAACCGUGGAAGGUUCCAUACUCCGACAUCCGCUUGGCAAGCAAGCAAACGGAGUCGGUGGGCAUAGCUUGCAGCUACCGCUAUAUCGCAGCUCCUUGGGAUGUAGGGGGUGGCGGCAUGAUGGGCCUUAUCAAUUUGGCCGACUGCGGGAGGAACCCUCCAGUAACGAAGAUAAAGGGUCAUACAGGCUCUAUCCAGGACUUGGCUUUCAGUCCUUUCUACGAGUCCAUUCUCGCUUCAGGAUCUGAGGACAUGACGAUCCGCAUAUGGGACGUUCCCAGCGACCCCCCUCCAGGCCAUGAGCUAAAAGAUCCGGUGGCGAUUCUCUCGGGAUCUGCAAAGAAAGUCAUUGCAACGGAAUGGAAUCCUGUGGCCGACUUCAUCCUCGCAUCGGGGUGCUUCGACGGCGUCGUCGCAUUGUGGGACGUCGACUCGGCCUCCUUGUCAAGCUCUGUCUCAUUGAGUGACUCGGUGCUCUCGGUGAAGUGGAGUUUCUCCGGGGACAAGCUGGCAAGUACCAGCAAAGAUAAGUUGCUGAACAUCAUCGAUCCGCGGGCAAAGAAUGUUGUGGCCUCUGUUACGUGCCAUGAGGGUCCAAAGGCGACUAAAUGCUGCUGGUGUGACGGCUUUGCCGGCGUUUCUGGAAACGUUUUGACCACGGGCUUCAGCAAGUCGAACGAGAGGGAGCUGCAUCUUUGGGACCUCAAGAAUUUGACCAAGCCACUGCUGCGCGUGGAAAUUGACCGUGGGUCUCAGCCGCUGUAUCCAAUCUUCGACGAGACGCUUGGCAUGCUUUACGUGGCAGGCAAGGGGGAUGGAAACUUACGAUACUUCCAAUUCUUUGGUGGAGAGAUUCGCCGCGUAGACGACUACCGUUCAAAUGUACCGAUCAAAUCAUUCUGCUUUAUCCCAAAACUGGCGGUGGAUCAAAAGAGGGCUGAGAUUGGCCGUAUGCUGAAAAACGAGAAUGGAAAAGUCCUUCUGCCAAUUUCUUUCAUUAUUCCCCGGAAAAAUCAAGACGUCUUCCAGGCCGAUCUCUAUCCUCCAACUCCGGGGGUUGAUGCAGCUCUCACCGCGGCAGAGUGGCUCUCUGGAAAGAACGGCGAAGUCCAGCGCAUAGCUCAUCAGCCAGGGAACAUUCCCCAGUUCAGAGGGGCGGCAAGGAGUGCGCAGGCCCCCCCGGCAGGAGGGAACCUCAAGAAGCUCGAGUCCACCCGAAGCAUCUCAGGCCAGGCCCCUUCUGUCCUACAAAAGAGCGUUGAGAAGGCGCAUGAUGAGUCGCGCAAGUUGGACGAGGUCAACAAAUCACAGGAAGCAAAAAUUAAAGAACUGGAGGCGCGUAUCAGGGAGCUCGAACCCCUGGAGGCGAAGGUCAAGCAACAAGAGUCCAAAAUCAAAGCCCUUGAGAGUCAGGUCCAGCAGGCAGGCAGCCAGUCUUCGAGCGAAGGCUCCGCAGAGCUGGAGGGAAAACUGCGUCAACUGGAGGCAGAAAGUGCUUCUCUUAAAGCGCAGCUGGAGGACAGCUCCUCCAAGGCUGUGCAAGCAAUUAAGGAAGGGAAGGCGAAGGAAGCCGAGCUUCAAAGCCUCAAGAGCAAACUGCAGGCUGCCGAGAAGCAGGUAGCGGAGCUUACCAGGGCGAAUCAGGAGCUCAGCAAUAGCAUGGCAAAGGCAGAGGGAACGCUAUGCCGGGCCGCCACUUUGACGGGCCUUGACGAAAGUGUACGUCAAGAGUUUAACGAGAUGAGAGAUUUUUUCAGGGAGAUAUUAGACGGAACGCUAACAGAGUUGAACAAUGACUGA